GGAUUAUAAUUGUGUUUCACGAUAAAUAACAAGUUUGCUCUCCUAUACCUUCCCAUCAAAAUUCGGAUCUUCCGGAUGCAUCGCGCAACUUUUUGGUUCAAUCUUUAGCAAAACCCUAACCCCCAAAAAAGUCAAUCCCAACAUUCUACUCCAAAAAUUUCUGAUCCUAAAACCCGAUCCUUCUCGAUCCCAGAUUUACUGCAAUUGAAGCGAAUCAUGGGCAUAAUAAGAAGCAGUUUUUCGUUCAUCGUAGGAACAGCUUGCGGGAUUUACGUUGCCCAAAAUUACAAUGUUCCCAACAUCAAGAAGCUGGCGGAUACCGCACUCUUCAUGGCCAAGCACGUCGAAGAGAAGUACCGCAAGCCCAAGAACAGGGACGACGAUUAGCUCUAUACGAUCCUGUUUUCUGAAACCCUUAGAGUCAACAGGUUCAAUUUUAUUUUUCUCUUCUUAAUAUGGGAAAGAAAAAGGAAUUAUUUUUUCAGAUCAAAUGCGAUAUUGGAAUUUUGUACAAGGGAUUACAAGAUAACUUGGUGACAAAAUUGUUGCAUAAUGUUCAAUUAGUUCUUUUCAUUCAA